GAAAAGCCGCAGCAACUGGUCUUAGCCGCGCACUACUUGAUAAUUCGAGUUAUGUGGUGCUCGCUCGCCACGCUGUAGCUCAUUCUAUCCACUUAAAAACCGCAGUGAUGGCCAUGAUCGUGCGUCGCCCUAUGCUGACUGCCCGCGCUCCGGCACGCGUGGCUGUCGCGCCCCUGCGUACUCGCGUCAUCUCGCACUUUAAGGUCACGUUUAAGACCCCCAAGGGCGAGAAGACGAUUGACGUGGAGGCCGACAAGUACCUGCUCGAUGCCGCCGAGGAGGCGGGCAUGGACCUGCCCUACUCGUGCCGCUCGGGCGGCUGCUCGACGUGCUGCGGCAAGCUGGAGUCGGGCACCGUGGACCAGUCCGACCAGAACAUGCUGGACGAGGACCAGCUGAAGCAGGGCUUCGUGCUGACGUGCGUGGCCUACCCCACCAGCGACAUCGUCAUCCUGACCGACCAGGAGUCCAAGCUCUAAAGGCAGCGACGGUGACGCAGCGAUGCAGCUGCAUUGCGCAUGUGGCGCAUGACACGUGGCGCGCACGCUGUGUGCGUAUGUUUCAGGAAGCAGGCUUGGCCGGGUCGGGGUGGGGGCCAUGCUGGAGGUUUGGUACUGUCAUAUAGAGUUGUAAAGGGGGCACCGUUGGAGAGUUAUACGCCCCGCGCUCCCACCACCGCCCGCCAAAGCUCGCGGCUGGUUCAAUAGAAGAGCGUUUCUGAUUGGAAAGCAAGUGUACCAAUGUGUUGGUGUUGCUAAUGGACUGGUCAGGCAUUCUGACACUAGUGCGUGCCGUCAACUCCAUAUAUAAAUUAGUUGCGGCCGUGCGCGUAUAUGUUCGUGUGGCGCAUUAGGGGGGCUGUGAAUUGUCAACGGGUCCACGCACACUGUUCCAGUGUCCCGUGAGGAGUCUCGUACAUGCUGUGUCUGGGUAGUAAGCGCUCAAGAUCGUCAAUGGGGGCUGUAACUGCUGUUUCACUUACCGUGCGCUUCGGUGUCUUUGGGUCCCUGUCCAGUGCCCAGCUCAUCCUUGCCAAUCAAAACAUUGCACGGCUUGGUGGUGCAGUUGCAAGCCCCGCACUGCGACGCGUGUGUAUAAAAGCCUCGUGUGGAGGACUGGGCCUGAUUUGCAGCGACCAGCAAAUUAUGAACGGGGAUGUCUUACGGAUGACGAGGUGGGGCUGCGUGCUCCAACGGUUACACGGUGUGCGGUCGACACAUUGACAGCGCCUCAGGAUGACACCGGAGUAGUGCGUCUCAGGGGUGGUGUGUCCUGCAUUUUGCCCACGCUUUAAUCCUCAUGCACAC